CAAAGCCUAGAUCACAAUUCACAAGGCGACUGCAGAGAGUUCAGAGCGAGCAGAGAGAUCCAACAACCGCAUGGAAUCCUCUCUCUUCACACCAUCGCACGCCACGGUGAGCGGAGCGCAUGCCGCCCUGCGCCGCCUCGUCAUGGUCCGUGCCAGCACGUCGGCGUUGACGCAGGCGGCACGCUGGAGGGCUCUCGCCGUGCGCGCCCAGGCGAGCGCGCCGGAGCCGGAGCGCCUGUCACCGGCCAAAGGAGGAGUAGGGCAAGCGAUGCUGCCCAGGGCCGCACUGAAGGUUGGUGCCGGCGUGGCGCUCGCCCUGGCACUGGGUCUGGGUGGCGCCUCCUGGUCAGCUCGCAGCGGUGGCGCCGGCGCCAUCCUCGUGCAGCCGGUCAUGGUGUGUACGCUCAACGCCGUCACGGACGGCGCGGAGCGUGGCAGCAGCACCCCGGCGGCGGCGGCAACGGUCAUGAAGACCAGUGUGGACGCGCUCUCGGACUCGCUGUUCCGGCGCGAGGACGCGCCCAGGGACCGCGGCACACUCAUGGACCUCGUCUUCGAGCAAGUCACCAAGGAGCACAUCGGCGACAGGGGAAAGCUGACGAGCCUGCUGCAGAAGGAGUGGUCGGCGUCCCGCGACUCAGAAAGAAAGCUAAACCUCGGCUUGCUGCUCACUGAUGUGCUCAUCAAUCAGAGAGAAUGGCAGAGGGCCAAAGAAGUUUGCCAGCAACUUACUGGCCGCUAUCAGCGUGACUCGAGACCAUACUUACACUUGGCUGUCAUCAACAUGAUGAUGGCAGUGGAGACCAUGCUCUCUCCGGAGACAGCCACCGCGGACGACAUAGAGAAGAUGUCCAAGAACGCCAUGGAGGCCUGGAAGGAUUUCAAGAACAAGUACGAGCUUGCCAAGGGAUCAACAGAGUCCAGCACCUGACGGACCUGAUACAGCACUGACAAUUCUUGGGAAGAAUCUGUGUGCCUUGCCUAAGCCCUAAAGGCAGCACCUUGUGUUUGAGUGCUGACCACUCUUGUGGAUUGUGAUUGAUCAUUGGGCCUUCACAGCCUAGUUGCGUGUAUCUCUGACAAAAAAGUUCUAAUUGUGUAUUUGUGCUU